AUGGCUAUCAAUGAAGGACACAUGCACGUCUUUGUGAGGUCAGGUGAGGCAGUAUAUAAGGAGGCAAGGAUCGAGAUGAGCAAUACACUCCACCAUGAAGCUCCUGAUAUUCCCAUUACUCUUCAGAUACUGUCGUGUGUGUUGGCAGCGGCCGCGGCUGACUUGCGUCAGACCUACAGUCUACCAGCGCCCUCUGGCCAAGGCUUCUCCAUCGGCAGCUCAUCUGCUGGUUUCGGAUCCUUUGGAGGCGGUGCAGGAUCCUUUGGAGGCGGUGCAGGAUCAUUUGGAGGCGGUGCAGGAUCCAUCGGUGGUUCACAGUUCUCUAGCUCUGUGGUCAGCUGUGGCCAAGGACAGGUCCGGCAUGUGGACGGCAGCUGUGUAACUCCUCAGGUCACCCGAAACCUGUUCCUGUACAAAGUCCCUUCAGCAACCCCGAUCAUUGGUCCAAGACCAAACGUUCCUCCUCCAAGGGUUGAGGACAACAUUUUAUUCAUCCAAUUCCCAGAGGAACUUCUGAGCCAAGAACCGAUUGUGGUUCCUCCUCCACAACAGAGGAACGUGGUGUACGUCCUCAACAAGCGGCCUCAUCAUGAUCAUAAGGUUAUUCACGCACCAGGACCUGAACAGCCAGCUCCCGAGGUGUACUUCGUCAACUAUGCUGAGGGCGAGAACCCGUCUUUACCCAGCGGUGGGGACCUCCAGUCGGCCCUCAACACUGCCUCUGAGGGCGGCGGUGAGCUCAUCGGCAGCAGCGGUGGAGAUCUCGGUGGCGCUGUUAGGGAUGACGGUUUCGUUAAUAUUGGCAGCACCUCUAGCGUCUCGGCUCCUUCUGGUGUGUACGGUCUGUCUCCUAAUAUUUCUGCCCGUUUUCGCCAGAGUCAAGAAUCUGUCGUAAACAAGUUUGCUGAUAAUGCUUCACUCGUCUCUAAGUUGGCUGAUAAUGCUUCACUUGUCUCUAAGUUGGCUGAUAAUGCUUCACUCGUCUCUAAGUUGGCUGAUAAUGCUUCACUUGUCUCUAAGUUGGCUGAUAAUGCUUCAUUUAUCUCUAAGUUGGCUGAUAAUGCUUCACUUGUCUCUAAGUUGGCUGAUAACACUUCACUUAUAUUGUCGUGUGUGUUGGCAGCGGCCGCGGCUGACUUGCGUCAGACCUACAGUCUACCAGCGCCCUCUGGCCAAGGCUUCUCCAUCGGCAGUUCAUCUGCUGGUUUCGGAUCCAUUGGAGGCGGUGCAGGAUCCUUUGGAGGCGGUGCAGGAUCAUUUGGAGGCGGUGCAGGAUCAUUUGGAGGCGGUGUAGGAUCAUUUGGAGGCGGUGCAGGAUCCAUCGGUGGUUCACAGUUCUCUAGCUCUGUGGUCAGCUGUGGCCAAGGACAGGUCCGGCAUGUGGACGGCAGCUGUGUAACUCCUCAGGUCACCCGAAACCUGUUCCUGUACAAAGUCCCUUCAGCAACCCCGAUCAUUGGUCCAAGACCAAACGUUCCUCCUCCAAGGGUUGAGGACAACAUUUUAUUCAUCCAAUACCCAGAGGAACUUCUGAGCCAAGAACCGAUUGUGGUUCCUCCUCCACAACAGAGGAACGUGGUGUACGUCCUCAACAAGCGGCCUCAUCAUGACCAUAAGGUUAUUCACGCACCAGGACCUGAACAGCCAGCUCCCGAGGUGUACUUCGUCAACUAUGCUGAGGGCGAGAACCCGUCUUUACCCAGCGGUGGGGACCUCCAGUCUGCCCUCAACACCGCCUCUGAGGGCGGCGGUGAGCUCAUCGGCAGCAGCGGUGGCAGCGCUGGCGUUCCAGGUGGUGCUAUUACCGAUGGUGUCAGCGUGCCCGGCGUGUCUGCUCCGUCAGGUGUGUACGGUCUGCCCUGAGACACAUCUCACAUUGGCGUCAAGACUGCAAACCGUCAAGAUCCAGUCACAGUCAACGACAAUCAUUAUCUCGAAUGAUAAAUAAUAUAGCCUAGU